AUUCUCUUCUUCAAUCUUCUCUUUUAAAUACUCUUUCUUCUCUGUUACAAAUCUUCACAACACAAUCUAAAUCCAAAAGUCUCAAUUUCAAAGGAAACAAACAAUCUUUUUAUUCCAAUGGCUCCAACACUCUCAACAACCCAAUUCUCAAACCCAGCUGAAGUAACCGACUUCGUAGUCCACAAAGGAAAUGGUGUAAAGGGUUUAUCAGAAACAGGAAUCAAAGCUCUUCCAGAUCAAUACAUUCAGCCAUUUGAAGAACGACUCAUCAACAAAUUCGUCAACGAAACAGACGAAGCCAUUCCGGUGAUCGAUAUGUCGAACCCUGAUGAGAACAGAGUCGCUGAAGCUGUCUGUGAUGCUGCUGAGAAAUGGGGUUUCUUUCAAGUGAUCAAUCAUGGAGUCCCUUUGGAAGUUCUUGAUGACGUGAAGUCUGCCACUCACAGAUUCUUCAAUCUCCCUGUUGAAGAGAAGUGCAAAUUCACUAAAGAGAAUUCUCUGUCGACGAAUGUUAGGUUUGGGACGAGUUUUAGUCCUCUUGCAGAGAAAGCUCUCGAGUGGAAAGAUUAUCUCAGUCUCUUCUUUGUUUCUGAAGCUGAAGCUGAACAGUUUUGGCCUGAUAUCUGCAGGAAUGAAACGUUAGAGUACAUUGACAAGUCAAAGAAGAUGGUGAGGAAGCUUCUAGAGUAUUUGGGGAAGAAUCUCAACGUGAAGGAGCUAGACGAGACGAAAGAAUCACUCUUUAUGGGUUCGAUUCGAGUCAACCUCAACUACUAUCCGAUCUGCCCUAACCCGGACCUAACUGUCGGUGUUGGUCGCCACUCAGACGUCUCUUCUCUCACCAUUCUCUUACAAGACCAGAUCGGUGGUCUACACGUGCGUUCUCUGGCGUCAGGGAACUGGGUUCACGUGCCACCGGUUCCCGGGUCUUUUGUGAUCAACAUCGGAGAUGCGAUGCAGAUCUUGAGCAAUGGUCGAUACAAGAGCGUGGAGCAUCGUGUCUUAGCCAACGGUAACAAUAACAGAAUCUCUGUUCCUAUCUUUGUGAAUCCAAAACCCGAGUCUGUGAUUGGUCCUCUACCUGAGGUGAUUGCAAACGGAGAGGAACCGAUUUACAGAGACAUCCUGUACUCUGAUUACGUCAGGUAUUUCUUCAGGAAGGCACACGACGGAAAGAAAACCGUUGAUUACGCCAAGAUCUGAUCACAAUGGACCUCAAAGUUCGAUUUCUUGUUUUUCUGUUUUGUUUCCUGUUUGUGUUGUGUGAAUGAAUAAAAAAGAAAGAA